CCUCCGAGAUGAACAACGUUAACCAGAGGUCUCGACAUAACCGGCCGAGUGACGAGGUUUCCGAGUCAGGGUCAAGCGAGUCAGGGAUUUUGAACGAGCGGAUACUCAUGCUGGUCUUCGAGUCCAUAAACUGGGAUCCGCACGUUCUUUGUCGGACGGCGUGUGUAAGUCGGAAGCUUCACGCGUUGGCGAAGCGUAUCUUGUGGAGACAGCUCUGCAUAACGCGAGCACCGCGCAUGGUGGUUACAUUGGUGAACGGCGUGCCAAACGGUCAUCAAGUGGGAGGUGGAUGGCACAUGUUAGCGAAGCUUCUUUUCUUCUGUGGUGGUUGCGAGUCAAGCCGGCAUUUCCGAGUCAACCGGUCAUUACCGGGUCACUUCGCGAAAAGUUCCAGGUUUUCCAAAACGUCCGGUCGGAGUUUUUUGACAAAGAAAUGCAGAGAAGAUUUGUUAUAUGUGAGUGAUCCUUGUGAGCACGCAAUGGAAGGUCACGAAGAGGAUUUGGGAGUUUAUAGAGGGGUAUUUCGGGGUUUUAGAAGAUCGAAGACGAGGGAUUGUUUGAUCGGACGGCGAGUAGAGCUUGAAGAGGGUGUUCGAUGUCCUUACUGUGGGGCCCGCGUUUGGAGUAUGACGACUGCUAGGCUUGUGCCGAAGAGCGCGUGGAGGAGGCUCGGAUCCCAUGAGGGAGCGUUAGAGUAUUUCGUGUGUGUGAAUGGGCACUUGCACGGGUUCUGUUGGCUUGCGCCUCUAUCGUCGGAUGAAGACAAUGAAGACGAUGAUGAUGAAGUGGACGACAACAGCGAAGAUGGGGUCCACCAAGGUAGUUAUCAAAUGGGUAAAAGAGGAGGUUUGGAUGAAGGGAGACCGGGUUCGAGUGGGGAGAUGAUCGAGGAUCGAUCCACAGUUUGAUUGGUUCGACCACUCAUCGGACCUUUUUAUCAGUUACUUUGUUGCAGCCGUUUUUUAUUGGUGAACAUCAU